AUGCUUGGGUGGGACAACAGUUCAGAUAUUGCAAGUCAAAGUCGAACAGCACAAGACGACGCGGGGACUCAAAUUUGCACAGAGAAAUAUGAGAGAAAAAGCAACAAAAAGAAGUCCUUUUUUGUUUCUGAACAUGCGAUUUGCGCUGUCGAUGAGGAGCAUCAAAUUAACUUCUUUUCAGAGGUCCAUUUUGAUGUGGAAGGAAGGAAAGACGGUGGAAAUUCUAUUUGGACUUAUCUUCACAUGCGACGCGAUUUCAAGGAGGUCGAUGAGAGAAAAGUGUCGAUGAAGGUCAGCCACGGAAGUUUGGAGUACGUCAAUUACAUAUUGAAGAAGAAGGAUUGGGUCAAGGAACCAUUUAUUAAACCAUUUGAUGUUGUCGUUGACGUGGAGCUGCCAAACUGUCACAUAGAAAUUGGUCCACAUGAAAUGCUGGUGAUUAAUAUAACGCCAGAAUUUAUUUCCGUCUUGGAAGAAAUUGCGAAGAACCAGUCAAAAGACGUCACAUCUGAAUUUUACAACAACAAAGGGAAGUGUGUGAUUCAGAACUUCAUUGUAAUGUUAAAGUCGUGUGGUGAGACGAAAGAAGUUCAAUUGAUUUUGGAGAGGAAAUUUUCAGUGCAACUUGAGGACUUUGACACCAUCAGAAUUGACGAUUUCAACACACGGAAAUGUAAGAAGGCGUUUGUCGUGACCAAAAGUGGGUCCGUCACCGGUGCGAUACUUGUGAAAACAAAAUUGUAA